AAAGGUAUGAACUCAUACCUGAAUUACAGUUUAUAGUGAAGCAAGAGGAAAAUCAAAAAAAUAUAUAUUUUCACAUUAACUAACACAGUACGGCAAACAUUUUAUCAUAAUACACUACUGUAGGAUAAAUAAAAAGCUUACAUGUCAUUGUAUCACUUACAUAUAUAUUUAUUUUACAAUUUCAUAUGCAUUUCCGCUUUCUUUCUUUAAACUUUUUGCCCGUCACAUGUACAAAAUGCAAAACACAUUCUUACACGAAAACUUAAUAAUCCGAACUUUCUUCUUGUCCGGAAGAGUUCGGAUCCAUGUGGUUCCACUGUAUAUUUUAAAAGCAUAAUUUAUGAUAUCUAACUUUAGCAAGUUUACACACACUUCAAAACAUAACAUUAUCUAUACAUGUACAUUGAUUUUUCUAAAAUAUGGUUGACAUGGAGUUAGGAAGGGUAGAGGAAGUUUUAGUAAAAGGAUUUAGCAAAUUUACUGGAUAGAAACGACACAAAGGCAGUCUUCAAUGGAAGAUAAAGAUUUAAAUGAUAGAAUGUACAGAACACUUGUUGAUGUUGUUGGCACAGAAGACGAUAUUCGUUGUAGACAAGAUAUGUUCACAUACAUGGGAGUGGUAAAUGGAUUUGGAGACAAUGAUUCAGUUUCCAUACCAGGCGGCAGCCUUUCAGAAGGUUUUGACUUAAAAGGUAGUGAUGAGGACAUUAUGCUUGUUCUGAAGAAUAUUGACGUAGUUCCUGCUGAUCAGGAUGUAAUGAUUGAUAAAAACACCGUAAAAGUCAACAUGCAAGCCGAUAAACAACGUGCCGGAUAUGCAAGCUUAGAUUUAUCAGUGGAUCAAGAAAGAUAUGUUAAUGAUGCAGACAAUUUGAAAAGAACAGAGGUGCUUUACAUAAAACGGUCGCUUCAGAAAUCCAAUAAUCAUUGUAUAGUAGCAAGUGCAAGAUUUAGGGGCCAAUUCAUUACACCUGGGAAGACUAGCCAUGGGCCAUGUAUUAGCGAUGGAAUGUUUGAUUUUGCAAUCAGUUUAUAUGGGUCUGUAUGGCCCAGUAAAGCAAUAAAAAGACUAACUACAAGCAAACGUAAACGUUGGCUUACUGAAAUUUUUGUGAACGAACUCAUAUCAGAAGGUUGCAUUUACGUGCCAGUUGGACCAAGACAUUAUUAUUCUGGUACAUUGUGGAGAAUAUCUUUUGCAAAAGCCGAAAGACGCCUAAUCUUAUCUAUGCGUCACGUGCAGUGGUUAUGUUAUGGUCUUCUUAAGAUAGUGUUUAAGGAAGGUAUUGGAAAAGCUCUGACGGAGAAUGACAUACUAUGUUCAUACUUUCUUAAGACAUGUCUCUUCUGGUUGAUUGAAGAAACAGAUAAUGAUGAGAAUGUUUGGAAUCAAGGCAACAUUUUCAAUUGUUACAUGAUGUGUCUUGAUAGACUCAUCAAAUGGGUUGAGGUGAUGAACUGUCCGAACUUUAUCAUACCUGAAAACAAUAUGUUCCGAGGAAAAGUUAAUGAUGAAAACAAAUCAGACAUAUUAAAAGUUCUUCUUCAGAUGAAAACUUCUGGAUAUCAAGGGCUACUUACAUGUGAAUCACUUCGUCAAUACAUGGAAACUUCUACACGAAUAACACCUUUCGAACGUGAAGCUAAACUGGAUCUUCUUUGCUUCAGAGUAUUACACAUUUAUCCGUUCGACGACAAGAAUUUGCUACAAGGAGCACUGGAAAGAAUGGAAAAAGAAUAUGAAAAACAAGAGAAGCUGUUUACAAAAGGAAUAAUUGGAAAUAUUGUUUCCACUCUUCACCAAGAACUAGCUCAAAUGAUAGACGUAUCUAAAAGUAAUGAAGACGGACAAAAAUUGAAACCCCUACAGAAAUAUCAUUUACUGAAAGGUUGCAAAUCUGAUCGACUCCGUGGCCUUAUUCUUCUAGCAUCUUUUUAUUGCACCGACAUGAAAUAUUAUACUGCUCUUGAAAUACUUAAAACAGUCACAAGAAAAUUAACACCUGAAGCCGGAUUGCUUCUUCGACGAAAGCCAGAUUAUACGCAAGCUGAAAUACAGGAGUAUAAAGAAAGAUUCUGUGGUAAAGUUUUAUGUUUAGAUGAGAAAUUUAAUAUUGCAACCAUAAGAAAAGUAGUACUUUUAGAUAAUUCAUCCAUUGUUCCGGAUGAAUUUCAGCCUAAAGUUUUCAAUUACCGGCCGUUGAAUAUGAUGUCGCCAACAAUCUAUGCAUAUGCAUUAAUGUUUGUAUGUUACCAUCAUACCAAUGAAGAAUCAAAGGCAUUAGAGAUGUUAGCACAUCUUGAACACAUCAUAAAAACUAAGUUUCUUAUUUCACCACUUGGCGAAACAUUCUCUACUGAUUGUACAGUUGUCGGAGUAUGUUUUGAAACGCAAGGCCAUUACGAGACAGCUAUGAAAUACUACAACAAAGCUUUAAACUGUGAGCAGAUAUGUAGAAGUACUGCAUACCGCUUUCGUCGUCUUGAAAAAAAGAUUUGGAAUGGCACGGUAGUGUCACAUUGA